UUUCGCUGCGUAAAGUCUCCUCCCCGCGACCGCUACAUUCUGCGCCGAAACCCAGUCUCUCGCGGUCCGUAUUUUAACUUCAUUCGACAGACCUAGUGGUACCUCGUUGGGUACCGGGAGACAGUUUGGAUUACUGGCAUUACGGAUUGAGUGUGAUUUUUCGUGGAUGACGACUCCUUCAACGAGAAUUUAGUAAAAGAAAAUCGGUCGGAAAUUUCAGAGUAUGUGGACGGGACCCUAAGCUUAGCAUCCUGGAAGUAGAAAGCACAGAAGAUCUGUGUCUCACACCACAGACUGGUGCAGUGUGUAGUGAAGGCAGCACACAGGGACAAAGGUCUGCGGAGGAGGGGGUGAGGCGGCGUGCCUCUCCGGCUGUGGAUGUGCAGGGUGACAACCCCCAGGCUGCACAGAAUGUGGCUGGGGUAUCACCUCGGCAUGCCCCGCAGCCGGUUGCAGCUGCCCCCCGCCCAGACCUUCCAUCCAUCGAUCCGUCCACAGUGCCACUGCUGGAGAGCAACAGCUCGGCAUUCCCACGCAUGGAGAACAACCCUCCAACCACCUUGCUUGGCACUCUCCCAAUCACCAGAGAAGCUGGGGUCUGCCUCUCAGAAGAAAGACGUACAGUGGAGACUGUCAUCGGAGUUGUCACAGUUCCGAUAUCAUUGGCAGCAUCCCUCAGGGAGGACUGCAGUUCCUCUGCUGCGAUGCAAAAACCUCCAUCUGCCUUUUUUCUUCCUGUUCCCUCUGAUACACAAGUUGACAGCACAGCACAGGAGUUGCAGUAUGGGUCACAAACUGUUAAAGAGAACACUCUCUCAAGUAAUUGGACAAACCAGAUUCAACCACCAAAAGAAGGUGGUGGACUUGUUCUUCUUGCUGGGACAAAUGAAAGACGGUGUAUCUCAGACAAAGACACUUUGGAAUAUAACCCAAACACUAAAACAAACAAGGCACUUGUUGAAAAAGAACACACAAGUUCACAACCUCCGUCUCAGUUCAAUUUCACAGCCUCACUUGCGUCUGUCCCACAGUCAAGUGCUGACCAAAAAGUCCAAGACACCACAAACUCCAGGGCUAUGGAGCAGCAGUCUCAUGGACAUGCAUAUGUUACUACAAAUCAAGGCAACCAUAUACCAAUAUCAGGCGCUACAAAGGAAGCAGGUGGACUGCAGGACUCUAAAUCAUCUGCGAUCCUAUUACCCUCACCUGAACUAGCGAACAACCUGAGUGGUCGAAACACCAACUCAGUCAAGAUCACAAAUGACAUCAUACACACAGAGUCAGCAAAUUCUUUGGAAUCAUGUCAUGGGUCUGGAUAUUCUAAAGACUGUGCCGACUCUUCUCACAGAGAGAAACAGCCUUACUUAGUCAAAGUACCUGGGCCUCCAAAGGCAGUAGAGUCUUGUACUGUUAAAGACAGGCCAGGACUAGCAACACCCUUGACAUGGAUAGGAGCUGCCACCACCCGAAGGAGAGUUGAAACGACACAACCACCUCAUCAUCAGAGUGUCCUUCCUUACUGGAGAAUUCCCCAAAACCCACACCAGGCCUCCCUCUGUGUGAUGCAGACCUAGUUGUCACAACUCAGGCAGUACACAUUGUUGAAGCGGAAGCAUAUCAUUCUUCUCAUCAAGUUUCCAUCACCGAACACCAAUGGUCACUGAGCUUGUACAUUCAGAUGCUGCCCAUCAAAUUGUGGUUGUCAGGGAGGACACUCAGAUCACAGAGGGCUGGCCGGACAUGCAUGUAAAUCAGAAUUACCUCCUACAACAUGCAGAUGGCAGUGUCUGCCAAGCUGCUGUUGUUAAUGAACUGAGUUCUGAAUUGUCUACUGGAGAACCAAAGCUGUUUCGAGGAAGUGUACAGUCCGAUAUCGAGUUAGACUCACAAUCCGUAGAAGUGUUUGAGUUUGCGGCUUAGUGGAGGAGGUUGCUGAGGGAAACGGUCUGUGCCGGUAGUAGCGCACAGAUACCUCACUCCCCCAGGCUACGAGGUGAACUUAUUCAACGCAUUACUGGACAACUCUGACGACUACACCGGCAAAGAGGAUCUAGAAUCGCAGCAUGAAUCUUCUCUUCACACAGUAAAUGAAAAUGACAGUAGCAUACUUUCACAGCAGUCCUUACCUUCAUCUCAUAGAAGAUGCCAAAUAGAAGCUUGUUCUAAUUAUUCCCAUAAUGUGUCUGAGCAAAACACAACAGCUGACACCGUAGAAGAGCAUUUGGUAACGAAAGCUAACAAAGCAUAUGAAGUGGCGAACAGGAGUGAGGGUUGUUUUGUUGAAGUAGCUCCUGUUACGCCUGAAUCUCUUACUGCUGAACAGUCAGAAAAUACAACACAAAUUGAUACACAUACUAGACAGGACCAUAGAGCAGUGUCAGAUCAAACAAAAAUCAAUGUGUCCCCGAUUAUGAAGACAGCUCCUCAUAAAGCAGAAGCAGCAGUUGGUUCAUUGUCUCUCAUAUCCCCAAUGGAAAUUGUAUCCACUGCUGAUUCUGGGAUGGGUUUGUCCACUGCUGUUUCAGUACAUGUUUCACAUGUACAAAAUCAGCCAUCUCUAAUACAGUCCUCAGGAGUCCUUGUUGUAAAUCCCACAAUCCCUGAGGCAUUUGAGGGGAUCAAAGAAGCCCCAGUGAAAUCCAAACCAGAGACUGUUCACUAUACUCAGGUCUCUGCUCUUCUGAAUCCAAAACUGCUUUUCCUAAAACGGAGCGAGCCUCUGUUGAAACACCCAACCUCCUUUUUGACACAGGUGUCCAAGGAGCGGAAUGCAUUCAGCAACAUGACCAACACUGACGGUGCUUGCUCUGACACAGUAUCUGACAAGUGCCUUCCUCAAAGUGUCUCAGCAGAAGACUCUCUCUCUGAGUCUGUAGCUCCAAGCGGACAGCAGAGUCAAAUGCAAUGUUCUGUCACAAGUUCAGCAUCUGACACCCUUACAGAAUCUGAAAAAGACCCCUUAUUUGUCAGUAAAAUCUCAGCAGGAGAAACUGGUCACAUACCCCAUAGUGUGUCCACCCCUAUAGAAGACACCCCUCCUAUAUGUGACACUCUUGGCAUUCUCUCAGCAUCUAUGGAAAGGGAAGGUUCAGUUGCAACUCCCGGCAGUUCUAAUGAUGCCAUCAGCCAACCCGGCUCCUUUUUGUUGGAGGAGGGUGAGGAGAUGGAGCAAGACGAGUCACCAGGUGCAGUGGAUCACCAUGGGGACACUCCAGGGCAAGCGAGUAGUCCAGAUGAAAGCAGUGAGGAAGAACCUGAAGAAGACCAAACAGAAUAUGAGAUGGGCACCCCUACACAAGCGCACAAGCAUGGACAGAACAGGACAGACAGAAAGGCACUAUUCCUAAAGGUACGGCAGUGGAUUGCAGACAGGGUCACAAUGAAUUCAUCACCUGUCUCACCUGCCUCUUCCCAUCCUGGGCCCUCAUCCAGCAGUGAUUGGUCUGUUUCACGACAGGAGACGUCGUCUCUUCUCCGGGGACCCCAUGGCAAGUUCAUUUCUCCUUGUUCUGGACCAGGUAGCUACAGUUCCUCGGCUUCCCCAUCAGAUCAGGCCACUUCUCAAAGAUCUCGUGGAGAACGUCACACAGACCUGGCUGAGCUGGCUAAACACGAAGCAGACAUAGAACAUCGAACCCAGGCACUGAAGCGAGAGGGCUUCUGGUCAAUGAAGCGUCUUACUCGCCUAAUGGAGCCACCACGACCAAAAGUUCUCUGGGACUACCUGUGUGAAGAGAUGCAGUGGCUUUCUGCAGACUUUGCUCAAGAAAGACGAUGGAAAAGAGGUGUAGCUAGAAAGGUAGUGCGAAUGGUGAUGCGACACCAUGAGGAGUUGAGACAAAAAGAAGAAAAGGCCAAGAGGGAUGAACAUGCUAAAAUCAGGAGAGUUGCAUCUUCUAUUGCCAAGGAAGUCCGGGCUUUUUGGAGCAGUGUUGAGAAGGUGGUGCAGUACAAGCAACAGUCAAGACUAGAAGAGAAGAGGAAGAAGGCAUUGGACCUUCAGCUGGACUUCAUUGUUGGCCAGACUGAGAAAUACUCUGACCUCCUCAGCCAAUCCCUUGCACCAGCCACACCUGUUGAUGCUGUUGCCCUUCCUCCCCAAAAAUCAGUGUCAUCAUCCAUUGAUGAGGAAGACAGAGACUUUGUGCCAGUGUGUGAGGAGGAUGACGAUGAGGAGACCAUUGAGGUGGAGGAACAGCAGGAGGGCAAUGAUGCUGAGAGUCACCAGAGGGAGAUUGAAAUGCUGAAGAAGGAGGGAAUGCUGCCACUGGACCAACUGCUCAGCACUUUAAAACUGCCUCAGGACUCUGGCUCAGAUGAAGAAUGCUCUGAUGAAAGUUCUGCCUCAGUGGAAGAGGAAGAUCGGGAAUUUGCUGCCAAUGAAGAGGAUGCUGAGGAUGAGGAGGAAACCAUAGCUGCUCAGGAAAAGGUGGAGGGGAAUGUAGACCAUGCAGAGGAGCUGGAUGACUUGGCCAGAGAAGGCAGUAUGAGUAUUCAGGAACUGCUGGAGAAGUACAAAGGAGCCUAUGCGUCAGACUUUGAAGCACCUUCUGCAUCUGGCUCUAAAGCGAGCUCUGACUCUGAGGUGUCUGGGGAUGAGGAGGAGGAGACUGAAGAAGAUGAGAGCGAUGUGGAAAGCAACACAUCUUCCUCAGAUUCACCAGGAGACAGUGAAGAGGAUGAAGACAGUGAGAAAGAUGAAGAGGAGAGUGAGCAAGCAGAGGAUGAUGAAUGUGGAGAUGAAGGAAUGGAGAGCUUACUGAAAGAGGGAGACCACAGCUCGUCUUCUUCAAGCUCUCGGCCAAAGAAGGAGAUCAGCCAUAUUGCUGCUACUGCGGAGAGCCUGCAGCCUAAAGGAUACACUUUGGCGACUACUAAGGUUAAGACUCCGAUUCCCUUCCUGCUUCAUGGUACACUCCGAGAAUACCAGCACAUAGGCCUGGACUGGUUGGUCACAAUGUAUGAGAAGAAGCUCAACGGCAUUCUGGCUGAUGAGAUGGGUUUGGGCAAGACCAUCCAGACAAUUGCUCUUUUGGCACAUCUUGCUUGCGAAAAAGGUAACUGGGGCCCUCACCUUAUUAUCGUCCCCACCAGUGUAAUGUUAAACUGGGAGAUGGAGCUAAAGCGCUGGUGUCCUGGGUUCAAAAUCCUCACUUACUUUGGCAGCCAAAAAGAGAGAAAGUUGAAGAGACAGGGCUGGACUAAGCCUAAUGCUUUCCAUGUGUGCAUCACUUCAUAUAAGUUAGUGCUGCAGGAUCAUCAGGCAUUCCGGCGGAAGUCUUGGCGGUACCUGAUCUUAGAUGAGGCACAAAAUAUCAAGAACUUUAAGUCCCAACGCUGGCAGAGCCUGCUAAAUUUCAAUAGCCACAGGCGACUGCUGCUGACAGGAACACCUCUUCAAAACAGUCUAAUGGAGCUGUGGUCUCUGAUGCACUUUCUGAUGCCCCAUGUUUUCCAGUCCCAUCGCGAGUUUAAGGAAUGGUUCUCCAACCCGUUGACAGGAAUGAUUGAGGGCAGCCAGGAAUACAAUGAGGGCCUGGUCAAGAGGCUGCACAAGGUGCUGAGGCCGUUCCUGCUCAGGAGGAUCAAGGCUGAUGUAGAGAAGCAGAUGCCCAAGAAAUAUGAGCAUGUUGUGCGUUGUCGUCUGUCCAAGAGACAGAGAUUCCUUUAUGAUGACUUCAUGGCGCAGGCAUCGACGCGGGAAACGCUAGCAAGUGGUCACUUCAUGUCUGUGAUUAACAUCCUAAUGCAGCUUCGCAAAGUGUGCAACCACCCAAACCUGUUCGACCCCCGACCUAUACAGUCACCCUUCAUCACACAGCCUGUUGUUUUCCAUACAGCCUCUCUGGUGCAAGACAUUCUAGCGGUCUCUCCGUUCAAGCGCUGCGACCUAUCUAUGUUUGACCUGCUUGGUUUGGAGGGUCGGAUGUCCAGGUACGAGGCAGAUGUUUUUCUUCCGCGCCACAAGCUCAGUCGCCAACUCAUUCAGGAGAUUGUCAGGUCCCCUGAACCACCUCCAAGACCAAAACCAGUUCGUAUGAAAGUCAACAGGAUGUUCACACCUCCGCCUAAAGGUGAUAAUCGACCUGUCCUACUGAUGAACAAACCUACCUGCCCUGUACCUCCUGUAACACAGACCCCCAAAAGCUCCCAGGGAACUGAAACCACCUCAACUUCAACAAACCCUCCUGUAGUUCAGCAAGUUGUUUGUUCAGUGGCACCUACCCACCCUCCUCGACCACCCGUGCACCCAGCUACUCAAACUGCAGUGAGAUCCAGCACUCCCAAGCCCAUGCUGGCUGUACGGCCUCCCUCUGCCCUGUGCACACCCAGCAUUCCAACCCAUUCAAACCAAAACCCAAGCAGUGUCAUGCCCCAGAGGGUUCUGCUCAGUCCAGAUAUGCAAGCUAGGCUGCCUUCUGGUGAGGUAGUGAGCAUAGCCCAGCUUGCCUCCUUAGCAGGACGACCAGUGUCAUCGUGUCAGGGCAGUAAACCAGUCACCUUCCAGCUACAGGGCAACAAGCUGACGCUGUCUGGAGCCCAGAUCCACCAAGUCCCAGCAGCUGCUCCACGUCAAGUUCAAGGUAAUAUGAUGCAUCUUGUGUCCACUGGGGUGCAGCACCACCUCAUCAGACACCCUGCUCAGGUGGCUGUCCACAGUGCAGUCAACACACACCCUGCUAACACCACCUCUGCUACUACCACUGGAAAUCGGCUGCCGCAAAGCACAUCCACACAAGUGCCCUCUACCAUGGUCAGCAGCCCUGGAGUUGUGAAGAUUGUUGUACAUCAGCCAGCAGGCAAGGAGGGCGGACCUAUUCCUACGCUGGCAGUGGCACCUUCCCCUCGUAUCAUUACACAGACAUCCCCUUCUGUACACCACCAAGUCAAUACACCUGCAGUUAGAAACAUCGCUCAACUGCAGGUUUCACAGCGUGCGCCUGCUCCCGCUAGUGCUCAGCAGCGUCCGCCAGUUCCCGCUGGCACCCAACAGCGUGCGCUGGUUCCUGCCAGUGCCCACCAGCGAGCACUUGUUCCCGCCAGCACCCCACAGCACGUGCCUCUUCCCGCCGGCACCCCACAGUGCCCGCUGGUUCCCGCCAGUGCCCAACAGCGUGCGCCAGUUCCCGCUGGUGCCCAGCAGCGCGCACCUGCUCCUGCUACUGCCCACUACACCCUAGCUCCUCCCAGAAAUGCUAGUGCAACCCCAAACCAGUCACAACCUCCUCGCCCCAUCCUGAAAGUAGUGCAGCCUCCAUCAAGUGCAAAGCAGCCAGUCUCAACUCCACCUCAGGUGACCUCAUCAUCUGGAGCCACGUCUUCACCAGUAACACGUGACAAGAGCAGUGGGAAUCAAACAGCACUGCCUCCAAAGUCUAAAUCCUGUACAGGUGCAAAAGUCUCCCCUGAACCCAAGAAACUGCCUCGUCCUCCUCCUCGCACUCCUUUCUACAUGUCUUGGCUUGCGGAUAGUCUUAAGCAGCAAAGUGACAGUCGGCUGGAUUUAAUUUUUCGAAUCAAUGAGCUCCGUUGUAAAGCAAAGCCUGUGUAUGGGCAAGAAGUGUUGGACUUCCUCACUUUUCUCCCUGGUCCUGACCCCUCACCAGCCCCACUGAGAUCAGUGAGCGAGUGGGGCCGGUCGGGCCACAGCAGCUGCCUGUUUGCACAGUUGCAAAACACAGACCACUCCUGGCUUCAGAGUCACUUUGUGAAAGAAGCCAUUCACAGCAUUGAGGCACGGCUGACGCUGCUCAAUGACAUAAUAGACAGGUUUACAUUUGUGAUUCCGCCAGUGGAGGCGCCACUGAUCUCCAUGCACUGCUGCCAUCCUCCUCCAUCUUUAAGCCAUAAGCAAGAAGUCUUCUCUUCUACACUGUCAGCUCAAGUUGCUCCACUCACUUGCAGUCUCCACCGUAUUCAGUCCAACAUGAGGACACAGUUCCCAGACCUGAGGCUUAUACAGUAUGACUGUGGUAAGCUGCAGACACUACACACUUUGCUGCGGCAGCUGAAGACGGGAGGCCAUCGAGUAUUAAUCUUUACUCAGAUGACACGUAUGCUUGAUGUGCUGGAGCAGUUCCUCAACUAUCAUGGACACAUCUACCUCCGCCUGGAUGGCAGUACACGUGUGGAGCAGAGACAGGCCCUAAUGGAGCGCUUCAAUGCAGAUCGGCGCAUCUUCUGCUUUAUUUUGUCAACUCGCAGUGGAGGUGUUGGGGUGAACUUAACAGGGGCGGACACUGUGGUGUUCUACGAUAGUGACUGGAACCCUACCAUGGAUGCCCAGGCACAAGACCGAUGUCACCGCAUCGGCCAAACACGUGACGUUCACAUCUACAGGCUGAUCAGUGAGCGUACAGUCGAGGAGAACAUUCUGAAGAAAGCCAACCAGAAGAGGAUGCUGGGAGACAUGGCUAUUGAAGGAGGAAACUUCACCACUGCCUUCUUCAAAGAGCAAACCAUCCGAGAGCUGUUUGAUGUGAACGAUGGGGAGAAGAGAGAGGUGGCAGUGGAGCUUUCUCUGCCCCAGUCUGAGGAUGAUGAGGCUGUCAACAAACAGAGCGCAACGAUUUUAGAGCAGGCACUGUGUCGUGCAGAGGAUGAGGAGGAUAUAGUCGCAGCCUCUCAAGCUAAGGCAGAGCAGGUGGCAGAACUGGCGGAGUUCAAUGAGAACGAACCUUUGGAUGAUGGCGGGGAACAGGAGGAAGUGGAGGAGCUGUCAAAGGCUGAGCAGGAAAUAGCUGCUCUUGUGGAGCAGCUCACUCCCAUUGAGCGUUAUGCCAUGAACUUCUUGGAAGCCUCAUUGGAAGAUGUUUGUAAAGAAGAGUUGAAGCAAGCUGAGGAGCAGGUGGAGGCUGCCAGAAAAGGCCUGGACCAGGCCAAGGAGGAAGGCCUCAAGCUUCAUGCUUCAUCUGAUGAAGAUGAUGACUUUUUAACACCACCAGUUUCCACGGAGCCUGCACCAACUCCAGCACGCCGUGGGCGAAAACCCAAGGAUAAAGACAAGUGUGUAACUUCACUAAGGACCAGCGGGCGGCUACGUGGAGCCUCCCCCGAAAUAGAGCCGGACUCUCCUACCUCCAGAGAAGUGCCUGAAAGACUGCGGUUUGGACAGAGAGGACGAGGAGCUGCCAGAGAUGCCAGUACUGUGUCUACUAGCUCAUUCCAUGUAGACCAUCACAAAACAAAUAUAUCAACCAGACUCCAAGAGUCAUCCAAAUCUUCAAAAACCUUGUCUCCUGUAAGAGAUCACCAUACCAUGAAAGCCAGGACUCAGCCAACUCGCUCUAAUCCUAGUCCAGUGCCAUCACCUCCUACAUCCUCUUCUCCAGGAGGAAAACUGUGUGCUGCAGAGUCGGGCAGCAAAUACACCAAAUCGGAUAGGGAGGAGGAGGAGGAGGGGGAAGAUGGGAAAAAGGUGUCUGGGGAAUCCACUCACCAAGGGGAUCAACAGGCAAAGGAUCAUGAAAGCAAAGACAAAGACGCACUGUCUCCCCCCUCCACCAGCACCAGCUCACGAUCACCUCGCAAGCGGCAGUCAGCAGACGGUGAAGUCCGACAGGGCCUGGUGGAGGAUUCACCAUCAGCCAAAGUCCUUCGGAAGCUUCCUGGGAGGCUGGUCACUGUGGUGGAGGAUAAGGAGCCAAGAAAAAGGAGGCGGAGAGGAAGUGGCACUGGAGUUGGACGCUCCUCAGAGGAGAGAGCAAUGGAGGAGCACAGUGAGGAACCUGACAAAGACAACACAUCGCUGAGCCCUGAUGGCAAAUCUAAAACAACUGAUGCCAAAAUUGAUCAGGACCAAGACUUUACCCCUACCCAGUCUCCACAACCACAACCUGUCAGAGGUUAUCCACCAUAUUCCCCACCCCAUCUUUCCCCUGACAUGCCUGUGUUGAGAAAUCUUCCUGUAAGGCGCAGGUUAGAAACUGAAUCACGAAUGGCUGCUCAGUUGGGAGAACAGCAGCAUUUUGGUCGAGGCAAAGUAGGCAGCCAACCCAGGAAAACAGACAUGCCACCAGGCAAAGACACUACUUCAGCUGCCACAGACUCUAGUGUAAAUUCAGUUUUAUUACCAGUGAAACGAAAAAGGGGCAGGCCCCCAAAGAAUCUUUCUGCAGUACCUGAGCCCAACCACAAGGAAACAUCUUUACCCCAGCCCACCUCGCCAAAUGAAGAGGAAAACCCCCCUAUGUCACCCAAACGCAAAAGGGGACGUCCCCGCAAAGACUCAACUAUAUCAGAUACGGGCUCUAAAAAGACUCCUGCUACUAAUGUUUCUGGCCCUCAUUUAAAAACUGAUGGUAGAGCAGAGCCAAACAUCCAAUCAUCAUCCAUGUCUCAGACCCCUACAGAUACUGUUGUGGCAACAGCUGAGGGCUCCAAGUCUACCAAAGCUGAAAUGUCAGACAUUCAGACUGAGCUCUUGGCCACAGUUUCAUCCUCGGCUGAAAUGAAAGACCAAACCUCCACAACAAAGACAGAUCAGGAUUCCACAGUAGGUUCAGCUUCAAACCAAACUCUCGAUGCCCCUGCAUUUCAGGUGGACUCACCCCAUAAUGAAGCAGUCUCCACUUUGGUCUCAGCCCAAGAUGUUAGUUCAACUGUGACUCCAGUUCUUGAUUCUGACACAGCUUCUACUCAAGUUUCCUCUACAACCUCUGUCACAUGUUGCACUCCUGCCACUAUUCCAGUUACAGCUACCCAAACAACCACACCUCACUUUUCUCUCGCCGACACUCUUUCAAGUGUUGGAAAAACACCUCUUGUUUCUACUGCUUCUAAAGAUUCUGACGAACCAAGCCUUGUAGUUCCUUCCACAGAAAACGUAGAAUCUGACUCGGCCAAAACGGUCACAGUUGUCCCACCAGCUGCUGAAACGCUACCUUCUGUCUCCUCUGCCAGUACUGUCAGAGACCCCACAUCAGCCCCUGUCACAGCAAUCAUCAUAUUUACCACCAUAACGACAGAUGCAGCAAGUGUUGCAGGAGGAGUCACAACUACAGUGAAAGCAGUCACAACUAAUACUACUGUUGUGAAGAAUUUGUUGCAGUCCUCAUCUCUGCCUGCUGCAUCCUCAAGCUCAGCUAAAGCAUUGCUGAAGCCACUCUCAUCAUCUUUCCCUCCUACACCAACAGCUAUGGCAUCAACUUCAACAGGUCCAUCACCAUCAACAAAACAACCCUCAGUGCCCAACACAACCCUAAAUAUUUCUGACCCUGCUGCACUGUCAGAAGCACCAACACCUGUCACGGCAUCUGCCUUAAAUACAGUUCCAACACUCCCAAACCAAGCAAAGAUAGAUGUUAAACCAACCAAAGUCCCACCGGAAUCAACCUCACCAACAAUAAAAACAGCGGGGGCAGAUUCACAGACACAGGAAUCACCUGAAGCUGUGCUUGAGAACUCCUCUGCAACAUCACCUACUUUAUCUGCUCCAGUCUGCAGUCCUUCUCCAACACUUGUCAGUGCCAGUACUGACAUUGAAGUAACUACAUCAGUCCCAACAGAGGAAGCCGAAACGGCAAAUCCUUCAACCCUAUUGAGUACUGUUGCAAUGUCCGCUUUCAAAGAACACACAAGUUCAAACACUGCCACAACAGAAAAGACUGUCAAUGUCCAACCCCCAGUAGCAACAGCCACAAUUGCUUUACCAGUCCCAUUAUUGCCCACCACCACAUCUACUCCACCAAAGUCAGUUACAGUCACUACCACGAAUGCCGUCACACUCACCUCUGCUUCAGUAGCAGCAUCCACAGCUGCCACAAUGCAAACAGACACUCUAGUAACUGUUACUCAAACAUAUGCAGCAGUGUCCUCUGUAGUACACAAUUCAGCUGCCACACAGGUUUCUAGAGAGGUAUCCACAUCUGCCUAUACAGAGACCCCGGAGCUCCCACCUGCUCCUUGUGAUUCAUCGGUCAUGCCCACUGAAGAGAGGCAACAUUUAGCACCGCGAGAGAAAGCGUGUGCAUCAAACAGUGAUCCACACAAGGUAACAAACAUGGAAGUGGAAAUAGAUGUUACGAAUGUUGAAGAAAAGCCAGUUAAAGUGGUUCAUGAAACAAAGCAUGAGAUGCGGAAGUCUUGGCCCAAAAGGAGGAAUGUGGACUCUUCUUCUGAGACCAAAGACUUGGAGUCAGGAAAUGAGGAAGCAGGUGAAGAAUCACAGGCUGUAACUGGCCCUCAGAAAGAGCCGAAGCAACAAGCAGUGGAGGAAGCUGUCAAAGAUGAGAAAAUUCCCACUCGGAAAAGAACACUUAUUUGUCAAAGCAGUCAGGAGUCUGCGCGUUCCUCUUCGCCAUCAUCUGGUUGCUCUACAUCAACCCUCACUCGUCACAGUCACCACAAGAGGACCUAUGAGAACAGACAUCCUGCCAAGAGGAGGCGAGGGGAUGCCGCCUCUGAACAAGGAAAGGAAGACAAAAAGGAAGGGGAGAAGGAGGAAGUGAGAAACAGUGAGAAGGAAUUUGUGUCUGCCUCUCGAAGGAGGCGCUGUCGGUCUUCAUCUUCCUCCUCCGACUCUGAAGGCAGCAAUGGCAGGAAGGAGCACCGGUUGACUCGAUCAGCCAAGCGAAGGUUACAGGAUCAGGAAGAGGAUAAAGGGAACAACACCCGGCAAGCAAAGAGACCUACACGUAGCUCCGACAGAAAUACAUCAAAUAAUACCACCACAUCCACAGGCGGCGAGUCGGGUAGCGAUACAUCUUCUGUUAGAAUUACCAGAAAUUCUUUAGGACUGCAGCCUGUACGCGAAAACAGAACUCAAAAAAACAGCUUGCCCUCACUGCCUCCUGAGCCUGAAGUUCUCGGGAAGAGAUGCUCUGCACUCAAUGCAGCAGCCAAGCUACAAGCAAUGAAAGGCAGAGUCGAUACUCCUGGUCACACGACCAGGAAAGACUCGGGGGCUAAGGCCGCCAUGACUUCCCCUACUUCCUCCUCAGACAAAAACCAGAAACCUAAAAGCAAAAGUGUGCUACCGUUACCGCAGAGUAACUCUUCUAAUAAUAAAUCUAGUGGCAGUAAAUCCUCUCCACCCAAUCAGUCAAGCUGCUCUACUUCCCGCUCCACCAGACGUUGCCCUGGUUCCUUUGUCCCACCUCUGGAAACUGAGUACAAAAGAAGUAAACCUGAGGAAAAGGAGAGGGGCAGUAGGAAGUCUUCAGGAAAGGAGGGUGAUGCACAGUCUUCAUCACGAGGUCACAGUGCCUGCAGCAGCAUGAGCAGUGAUGGUGAAGGUGACGCUGGUGGAUGCAGCAGUCGAAGCAGCAGCAACAGUAGCCGGCGCACUUGUAGUAUCAGCUCUCAGAACAUGGAGCACAGAGAAUCCCACUCACGCGCCACUUCCUCCGGCAGUGACCGUGAAACAGAACAGGCAAAGUACAGAGACAAAACAAAAGAGAGGCAAGGCCAUGCAAAAGAGAGUCAAAAAGAAGGUAGGAGGUCACACAGGCUCCCGCAGGAAUCGACAAGGACAGAGGGAACACCAGACAGGGUGCUGCGCAGUGUUACAGCACUGGCAGUGGUGCAGGCCAGGUCUCCGGCAGCAAACACCCGCUCAUCCUCCAGUCAGCACCGUCACAACAAAACAUGAUCAGGGUGCUAAAGGGAAACACCAAAGGGAGCGAGCGUUGCUCCGGAGCACGGUAAGAGAGCAUGUCGUGACCUCCAAGUUUGCUGCUUUUUCUGUAUACUGUAACGUAUGCAAGCAGUGCUACACAAUCUCGUCACCUCCCUGCCUCUCAGGCGCUCUUUACCCAACUGGAGCUGGUCCUUUCACCAGCUCAGUCACUGUCAGAAGGCUCCGGGACGCUCGACGGAGAGGGAAGAAAAAAAAAAACAAUCCGAGUGCCGUCAAUGUGUGUCCUUACACAGAUUGUACAGUGGGUACCUUUGCCACUGAGGGGGACAAUAGUGCAAGAGAGGAAAAAGGCAGAUUGUUAGUUGACAUUAUGUACUGUAACCAUUAAGAGACUGGAAAACUCAAAUCUUGUGUUUAAAAUGGGAUUAGACCACAGUUUUAGUGGGGUUAUAAGUGAGAAAUCCUUCUUGUGACAUUAAAACAUUACCUUCGAGUGACCAGUUGUAAGUUGGUUUUUAGAGAGUUUGGUUUUGAAAAUUUAUCAGAUGUCCUGACUAUUGUAUUUCUGUAGUCAGUUGAUAAGUUAUGCACAUUUUUAUUUCUUCCAGGGUAAUAGGAAGAGAACAGAUUUGUCAAUGUGAUCUUUGCUGCACUAUACUGGACCUCAGCUUUGCUUGGGCCCCGUUUUUCCAUGUCAAAAUCUGUUCAUUGGAAUUAAUUGAAUCCAGGCUUGUUUUCUCAUUUGCACAUCUGAUAUGCGAUCCUCAGCUUUGGAGUGCAUUGUGGCGUGGUAAUCAGUUAUUCCCUCCCUCCCCCAUCAGUUUCAGUCAGUGGGUUAUGGUACCUCACGCUGUAUCUGCAGUUCUAAAUGUAGUGAUUGAACUUGUAAAUUGUCUGAGAUGUUAUAUCUUUGGCUCACACCACAGCCCCAGCAGCAGCAAAAUUUUUCAACCUUUGCCAUGUACCGUAUUUAUAUUGCAAGGGCAGUUGUUAUGAAAAUGAGUGCCUCUUUGGCCAAAUGUGUUUGAACCUCAGAUUGCCUUGUGAAGCACCUGAAGCAAUGGUGUUGAUCUUACUGCAUCAUCGAAAAAAAGAAAAAAGUUCAAGUCCAUUGGAGGAAACAAAGGAAAUCACCCUGUGCAGCAAUGCUACAACUUACUUUUUGCACCAUUGCUCCUGGCUCCUGUAAAAUACUUUGACAAUAUAUGUGAAUAAAAAUACUGGUACAGUUCCAUGAUGACUGUAAAUUGUCAAUUUACUUUUGGAUUGGUCAGAGCUGUUUUGAGCAAGAUGAUUAUUGAAAAGAUGGAUAGUUUAUGGUGAUGGUCUUAUUUUGAUUUGUCUCUCCAUCUGUUGCAUUCCUUUGAUCCCCUGUAAUUCCACUUGUUUUACUUGAAAAAUUUAAGACAAUUACAGUUGAAUAAAAAGACCAAAAUAUUA